AUGUCGCUCAAGCGCAAGGCUUCAUUCUCGGGAGUCUAUUCUCCUGAUGCGGCGCCAGUCAUCGCAGGACGGUCAUUGAUGAUGGACGACUCCCCAAAACAUCUCAAUAGUCGGACACGGAAGCGCUAUAGGAACGACCGGCCGGAUGAUAAAAUUGUAUAUGAAAAUACGCUCCGCUGGCUCUUCACUGCCCAACAGCAGCAAGGACCGAUUCCUCAUGCGGAUGAGACUAUAGAUGAGGACAUGGAGUCAGAUUCGCUUCCAUCAGAAAUCGUCGAUCCACGACAACAAACGCUGCAUAAAUUCUUCCAACCCUCCCGUCCGUUAUCCUCCCAACCCGGGUCCAAGCAUGUGAAGCAACAAACAGACAAUAUCCCACGAACCAAUAAUAGUUUCUUGAAACGCCACGAUCUCGACACAAUUUCCAACGUCGCCUCAAUCGGCAGUAGUGCGGCUAGCCCAUCCUCACAAGAUACCACGGUUGAUAUGGAGAUGCGGAUGAACUCUGGAAGCAACGACUCUGUUGAAAAUUCCACCAGAUGGAAUAGAGGAUCGGGAUGGCUGUGA